UAUUUUCAUUAUAUUCUCUUUGCAUACAAUUCUCUUUGGCAUUAUCAUGUCUCCUUGUUCAUUUACUGUAAUUAUUAUAGCCAACAUAUCGUAAACUGGUGUAUAAAACAAGUAAUUUAUUACUUUAAAAUGACUGAAACAGAUGCUACGAAGAGACCGCUAACAAUGCCCGAGAGUUUUGUACCGUACCUCGAAAAAUACAGAAUUUACAAAAUAUUCAAAGAUAUGGUGAAAGACCUAGUCGUUAAUUUACCGAAAGAUCAUCUGAAGCACAUGAAGGUGUAUGUCGGCCGCCAACUACAUUGCUCUAAAGAUAUCGACAGGGUCAUUUUACUUGUUUCUCCCCAGUUGAAAUGGAUUGAUAUUAAAGAUCUCGCUAAGCAGAUGAUCAAAGACCUCGGAUUUUUCGUCAUCACCCGUAGAGUGGUGAUGGAUCGCUACGAGAAGCACGACGAGUACGUGCCGGGCUGCGUGUCGCCGGUGCUGAUGUCGCAAGUCACCAAGAUGCUGACAGAGAAGGAACCCGUUGCACAGGCCGGUUGGCUCAUGUUUGAUCACCCGUGCACGGUGCGCGAGGCGCGCUGCCUGCAGCAGGACGGCGUGCUGCCGACGGUGACGCUGGUGCUGAUGCCGACGCCGGCGCCGGCGCAGCCCGCGCACAACGCACGCACGCGCGCCAGAAAUUUCUUCCAGCAGGACUUCGAAGGGCUCAAGUUUGCUUAUAAAGCUACCUUGAAAGAAGUCCACGUAGAUCCCGACGACGACCUCGACAAAGUCGCGACAAAAUGUUUUAACGGGGUGCGCGCGUGCGCAGCCGGUGCCCAAGGUCCCAAGCAGGGGCACCACGUGGUCGGUGCGCCUGGCGUAUACCGUGUGCUCAUCAUAGGGCCUAGGGGCUCCGGUAGGCGCUCCCAGGCUAUGACGCUUGCUAAACAUUUUGGAUUGGUGUAUGUGCAUUUCGAAGAUUUAUUCGCCGAAGCUAAGGAGAAGAAGGACGAUAUUGGCGAGAAGCUGCGCAAGUACGGCGUCAGCGUGCAGACUAAAGCUGAGAUUGUGAAGCGCCGGCUUAUGGAACGGGACUGCAUCGACAACGGCUGGGUGCUCACCGGGUAUCCUAUGUCCGGUGCAGAUUUCGAGUAUUUGGACAAUAUAUCGACACCCGCAAAUCGCAUAAUAAUCUUGAACAUGGAUAUGGCUACGUGCAAGGCCCGUCGAAUGGCCAGGGGCGUGGACUGGUGCACGGGGAAGCAAGUUCCUCUGGGUUCAGGACCUCGUGUGCUGCGACAUCCGAUGGAUGAAGAAGCACCUUUGGACGCUGAGUUAGACAACUACUUCUCGGAGCAUUUGGCGGAGCUCCGAGCGGCGGCGGGCAUCACCGCCGUGGAGAUAGAUGCCACGGAAUCUUAUGAUAAAGUGCAGGUGAAAAUCCAGGCCGCUGUAAUGUCGGCGCCCGCGUUCGACAUAGAAUGCUGUUCGCAGCUUCGCAACGUCAGAGGCGACUAGACACACAUCUAUCACUGGGAGUCUGGUUUUUGUCUAUGAGAAUUACUGAAUUUACGUACUUACUGUCUUGAGCAUAAAGGAUGGUCAUUGGACAGCAAUAACUGUGUGCUAAACUAAAAGGUUAUUAGAAAUAAAACGUUAUGUUCCUUAGAAAAAUGUUUUUAUUAUUAUGUACUCCCUCCGUACUUCGAUUGAAAUUCAUUUAAAUUACUACAUAAUUAUUUAAUUUAAUCUGCUAAUUAUGAACUAACAUUCUGCAGUCUCAAAAUAAUUACAUACAUUAAAGAACACUGAGGUAGUCUCCGAGUUGGCGAGACUAACUUCACACCAGCGAGAUAGGCAUCUGCGACUGUCAUGGAUCCCACGCGUCUCGCAGACUAUUGCUUUCA